GUAGAAGACCAAUACAGCAGAUGAGAAGACUGCAUUGCAAAUGUGCCCUGGAAGUUGUACAGCUGCAGCUCCACCUAUAUCCUGCAUGCUUUACCAGCAAUUAAGAGGUUAGUUACUGGGCUUUUAUGUUCAGAGCUGGUAGGUGGAGCAUGCUGGAAGGCUUAGCAAAACAGGAUAAGGUGGGGCUUACACGGACACACAAAAUAACAGCUCCCACAUGUUUCUCUUCCUGUGCUUCAAUAAUGUUUGCAGCCCUGGAGAACGUGCUGGCUCAGAUUCGUGCUGCAGGCUUAAUGAGAGAUGAACAUCCAGUGAGGGCAUCUGACACAGCCACCACUAAUCCCCAAGUAUCUCUUAGGAGGGCUAGGCCUCCAGAACGCAGGAGUCCAUCCCCGAUUCCCAGAACCCAACGCAGAGUCAGCAGCCCCUGCAGGUACCCUCCUGGAGGAGAUGAUGGCCAAUGGCAGGAUUUAGGCAUGCUGUAUCCUAGGAGGAAUCCAUACACCCUAAACUCUGACUUACAUUCUUCUAAUGUGCAUAAUUGGAGAGAGGAAUAUUUACCAGUUUCAUCCUAUAAGAAUUACAAGCAUGUACUGGACGGCGGACCGCCGACUGCAGUCACUGAACGUACCUACAUGCAGACCCAGCGUGAGCGGGAGUGCUACGUUGACAGUCAAGGGCAGCGCCGCUUUAGUUCUUCAGCAGGCACCCAGCCAGUCGGUGAAUUCAUGGCUACAGUAGCAGGGCCAAAGCAAAGCGGCUUCAGUGACAGCGGGACUUUUACAUCUACAGCCCACGCCAGGGACUUGACAACUACGUCUGACACUGAGAGGUUCCGCCAAGAAUUUGCAUCUGCAAGGAAACUGGACUGUAGAUUUACUGAAGUGCACUCUGGCCUCCCUGCCCAGGUUUCGGAGUCUGUGAUCGUUCCCGAUCUACAGGAUGAUUAUAGUGAGUCGGCGGCUGCUGUUGAGUCUGCUAAGGACGAUGGUGGAAGGUUGGAUGAGUCUGUGAUCGUUCCCGAUCUACAGGAUGAUUAUAGUGAGUCGGCGGCUGCUGUUGAGUCUGCUAAGGACGAUGGUGGAAGGUUGGAUGGUGAUACGACUGGAUUGAAGGGUUUAGCACUAAGAUCAUUGGCACCUUCCACUCUUCGGGCGUAUACAGCAGCAGUUAAGGAGUGGGAGAGAUAUGCCUCCAUACGUCGAGAUCAAGAUUGUCGUUUGGACAAGUGCCCAAUCUGGAUUGUGGGGCACUCGUGUGUUUUACACGGUGAAAGAUAUGAGUUUGAGUGUCUGCAGUCCCCUGAAGCGGAACUGAUCAGGUGGAUCAUUGUGAGGGGCCUGCGGUGGGAGCAAGUCAUGCCCCUAUUUUGGCAGCAGCUUCAAAGGUCGGGAUGCCCGCUGAGAGUGGUGUUCCAUGCCGGGGGAAACGACUUGACCAAGAGGACGGGCCUGGAUCUCCGGACGACUAUUAUUAAGGACCUAGUUGGCUUACAGAACAAGUUACCCUUCCUAAGCGUGGGAUGGUCGUACAUCAUCCCACGUUUAGUAUGGAGAGAUGCGGAUAGGCCAGGCGCCAUCGAGGUGGUUCGGCGCCGGACCAAUGUGGCGGUUGGUCGGGCCGUAAGUGAGAAAUCUGGGUUUGUGGUCCAGCAUCCCUCCAUUUUAUUUUCCAACCCUCAGAUUUAUAUGGACGAUGGUGAACAGUUAAAUUUGAGGGGUAUGGAAAUUUUUCUAGAGGACUUGAUGGCCUCUGUCUUUAGUUGGGAGUGUAGGAAGUAGGAGUUUUUGAAGGGAAGUAAGUUGAGUGUUCUUAAUGUUAGAGGUAUGGUGGUGGGAUUUUGGUGAAACUGUGGCGGGUUGGAACAGCCUUAAAAUUGUGGCUGUGGUUAAAAUGGGUUUAUAGGUGCUCAGGAGAUGAGAAGGUGGUGGAGUUUAAUCCAUAACGGGGCCGGAGUACCAUCAGACCAGAUAGGCUUUGGUCUCCAGGGGAGUGGUUAGAUACCUGAGCACCUUUUGGUUUGGAGUUGGGGAAUACCUUGAGUGGAGAGUUGGCCACGGUAUUCCCGGUAAUAGGUUAAUUAACACAAGGGGUGGCAAAUGGCCCCAUAUUGCCCCUUGUGAUGCGAUGGAGGCAGGGCUGGAUUUGGGCCCUUGCCUCUUCUUGUGGUUCUGAAGUUAUGCGUUGAGUUGGUCAGCCACAAUAAAAACUGUAAAGUCUAAUAAUAAAUAGGGACUUGGUUUAAAUAGGCUUGCCACCAUACCAUUUUUAUGAAUAAAGCCGACAGUUUAUUUGUCAAAAUCA